AUGGUCACUUCUACAUCAUUUACCGAAUCUGCCGUGAUUAACGCGCCAAUCUCGGUCAUCUGGCCCUUGAUCAAGUUGAACAAAUUUGCCACGUUUUAUACGGCAAUUCAGAAGAGCGAGUUGGCUCCCGCUACGCCUGACGAGAGGGAGACUGUUCGGUGGAACUUUGAGAAUAGGACCAUAGACGAUGAGAGAAGAGGAGUAUUCCACCAUCAAGCAGUCCAUGUCAUUCAACAUCAUCAAGUGCGAACCAUGGGGCCUGCCGCACGCUGGUGCGUUGAGCACUCUGCGGCUCUAUCCCAUCACUAG